UUGCAUUUCCAUGUUGUGUGUACUGUGGGAGACCAGAUAUAGUGAAUGCGGGGUCCGGGGAGACCAGAUAUAGUGAAUGCAGGGUCCGGGGAGACCAGAUAUAGUGAAUGCAGGGUCCGGGGAGACCAGGAUAUAGUGAAUGCAGGGUCCGGGGAGAGCGGAUAUAGUGAAUGCAGGGUCCGGGGAGAGCGGAUAUAGUGAAUGCAGGGGUCCGGGGAGAGCGGAUAUAGUGAAUGCAGGGUCUGGGGAGACCGGAUAUAGUGAAUGCAGGGUCCGGGGAGAGAGCGGAUAUAGUGAAUGCAGGGUCCGGGGAGAGCGGAUAUAGUGAAUGCAGGGUCUGGGGAGACCAGAUAUAGUGAAUGCAGGGUCCGGGGAGACCAGAUAUAGUGAAUGCAGGGUCCGGGGAGA